AUGCCUGCAACAAGCUCCGCCCCGUCCAACUUUGACCAGCGAGACGCUCCGGAGAAUCGGUACCACCGCCGAGCGUCUCCUCCGAAGCCUCUCUCCCUGCCGCAGAACCGGCCGCCCGGGCACCCAUUCAGCACCAACGCCAACAACAUGAGCUUCCAGACCCUGGACGAGGAUGAGCGGCGGCCGCUCCUCCUUCCUCGCCCGGGGCCCCCCGGCACCGGCGCCGCCGCCAUCACCGCCGAGAUGAUCGACCACCACGACCAGUUCUGCCAGCUGGUCGGCGUGCGGCCGCUCAACCACCCGCACGGCGAGUCGUACCGGGCGCACCCGCAGUCGCUGUACGUGCGCGCCGUGGGCCGGCGGCGCGGCCAGAACCUGACGUACAUGUUCACCGCGUCGCUCGUCAACACGCUGCUGCUCUCGCAGGUGGUGCUGGGCGCGGCGCUGACCGGCCUCGGCGCCAGCAACAGCAGCCGCGUGCUCAUCACCGUGUUUGGCGCGCUCAACACCGUCAUCGCCGGCGUCGUCGCCUUUCUCAAGUCGCGCGGCCAGCCCAUGCGCGCCCGCAUGUUCCGCGACGACCUCUCGCGCGUCGUCGACGAGAUUGAAAACUCGGCCGUCAUGUGGUUCGGCAUCAGCCAGGGCGCCCACGGCUACGGCGCCAUUGACACCGACGACCAGGUCACCGUCCGCGGCGAGGUCGCCCGCCUCACCCGCCUCUACGACAGGGCCGUCAAGAACAACACCAUGAACGACCCGGACAUGUACAACGCCAAUGGCGCGUCUGACUCGUACUCGGCCGGUCUGCGCAAGGUCGGCGCCGCCUCGGCCCCCGGACCGCUCAUCAACUCCGUCGUUGCUCCGCCGCCGGGUUUUCCGGCUGCGCCUGCGCCUGCGCCUGUACCUGUGGCGGACCCGGAUGACAGCCCGGCCAGCAAGCCUCCAGAGCGCUCCCAGGCUAAGUCGGACGCGAGCAGUGAUAAGGGCUCUGAUGCUUCUAAAAAAGCCGACCCUCCUGCCGCUGCGGCUCCCACCCCUGAAGUUGCCCAACCUGCUGCCCAGCCUGUGCCUGCUGCUGAUACUCCCGCUGCUGAUGCGACCCCUGCUGCGACUCCAGCUGCCGAGACCCCCAAACCCGUCGCUGACGAUAAGCCUGUUGCUGCUGCUGCCGCCGCUCCUCCUCCUCCGCCAGCUCCUAUCCAAUCUUUCCUGAGCCACGCAGAUCCCGACGAGAGCCCCGCCAGCUCUGCCACUCCUCCCAAGCGAGAAUCGUCCACCAAGACGCUUGUCAACGCCAACUGA